AUGCGUGUGUACGAUAUUGAUUAAAAAUAGCGAAAAAUGGAUAAAUAAUAUCUUCCAACAGCCGAAACAGAUCUUAACUACUUUGUAUCAUAUUCAGCAAGAAGUAUCUUCUUUUACAAUGCAAAUUACAGCUUAGUUGAGUACGUUAUCAAAGAAAACUCUCUCGAAUAUUAUAACAGCGUCACAUUUGACUUCUCCAAGUAAAUUAAUUCUCAAGAAGAAGUAAAGGAUGCUAUUAAAGUAUUGCAAUAAAUCAUAGAAAAGCUUUUAGCUGCACAAUUGGAAAAAUUUUCUUUGUGUCUCGCAGGUUGGGAAAGUGUUUUCACUGAUGCUAACUUAGAGAGCCUUUGUAAUUCUGUAAAGAAAAUGAAGAAGCUUUAACAUUUUUGCAUAUCAUAUGGAUACUUAUAGACAAUCAAAAUAACAGAAAAUGCUGAAUUAGAUAAAAGAAAUCGUUUUAUUAAGAGUUGGUUUGGUCAUCCUAAUUCAGUGUUCACAGGAAAGGGAUUGAAAUACAUGAAUGAAAUGCUGAAAAAAGUUGUUAGUAAAAGAAAAGACUUCAAAUCAUUUGAUUUAGAUUUAUUUAGAUGCUCCGAGCUUAAUCAAAAAACUAUUAAAUACACAGGAGAAAUUCUAAAUACUUUGGCAACUUCUAAAAACAUGGAAAAUCUCUCUGUCACUUUGUGGUAUCUUCAAGAUGUGGACAUAAAGCUUUUAAAAGAACCUUUCUUGAAAUUUUUUAAAGCCAACCAAAACUUAAAAGAACUUAAUUUCUGCUUUAGCAUUAUGAAGUUGACAAGAGAAGGUUUACUCGUUUUGGAAGAAAUAAUUGAGUGUUUGGUUGAGAGUUGCCAAUAACUCCUUUUAUUUAGAAUCAAUUUAAGUGCAUCUAACGCAACUGUAGAUAGCUACAACACUGAAGAAAUAAAUAUUUUGAAUAGAAUUUUCUUGAGACUUGGUUGUCUAAACACUCUUCAGUAUUUUUCUGCUACACUAGGAAACUGGUUGAAUAAAUAACAUUUGACAGCUGACAUUUUAGUAUAAUCUUUAAUUUUCCUUUUGGAAAACAAUCCUAUCCAUCACUUGGUCUUAAAUAUUGGUAGCGAUUUAAGAGGUGGAGAUACAGAGUGCUUGAAAGAUGCUAAAGAUGUAUUCAAUAUGUUGUCAAGAUGCAAAUAAUUAUAAACAUUAGUCAUUUUAAUCAAUGGCUGGAAAGACUGCGCUUAAGCUCAUUGUAAGGUUGCUGAGAUGCUUGCAGGCUUGAUUGAAAAAAAUGAAAUUACUACUUUUGGUCUCAAUUUAAUGAAUGCUCGUGAUAACGACCAAGUUCUUGAUAGAAAUAGCUAAGAAAUUCAAUCUAUUGCAAAAAUGUUUAAAGUAUUGAUAAAGUUCCCAUUUAAAAAAUUUGGUCUUAGUUUGUCAGAUUGGAAUUUGAGCUAAGAUGCUGUAGAGUAUUUUGAAUUUAGUCAAAAUUAAUUGAGAACUUAUAGAGAUAUGAGAUAAUAACUAGAAUUAUCAUCUAAAGUACUAUUUAAACACCUCGAAGGGACAUUUAGAAAGGAGCUCAUUUGGGAUAUCCAAAGAGUUUGCUUCUUUGGAAAGAUAAAUGCUCCUUCAAAUAAAACUAGCUUUUAAAAAACAAAAAUAAUUGAAAUAUGA